AAAUGAUACAGAGAAGAAGAAGAGGAGGAAGAUGAGGAGGAGGAGUAAGAGGAGGAGGGACACAGAUGCGGCUGUAGACACUGCUUGCACUUCCACCCCCCCUCCCCCCACCGCCCCUCCAUCAAGAAGAGUGCGAUGUGUGUGAGAAGAAGCACUAGUGGUUCAUAAAGAACCCCCCAGCCUGCUCCCUCGUGGUGUGUACUCGUUCAUGCGGCAUCUGCAGCUGGUCCACAUGACAGUUCGGAGGACCAAGAAGCUCAACAUCUCCAUCCAGGAGCACAUGGCCAUCAACGUGUGUCCUGGUCCAAUCAGACCCAUACGUCAGAUCUCCACCUACUUUCCCCGUCUGACCCCCACGUCCCCCACCCCUGUCUCCCCACCGGCCGCCCUCAGCCCCACCACCAUGGUGUCCAGCGCAUCUAUGGACGCCAUCAGCUCAGACAGCGACGACUGCACCUCGUUGGGCACGCUGGAGUUUGAGCUGAGAUACGAGCAGCGGUCCAGUCAGCUGCAUUGCACGGUUCUACGGGCCAAGGGUUUGAAGCCCAUGGACUUUAACGGCUUGGCUGACCCGUACGUCAAAGUGCACCUUCUGCCUGGCGCCUGCAAGGCCAACAAACUGAAGACGAAGACCAUCCGCAACUCUCUGAAUCCUGUGUGGAAUGAGACGCUCACCUACGUGGGAAUCACGCAGGAAGACAUGCUCCGGAAGACGCUCAGGCUGAUGGUGUGUGACGAGGACAAGCUGACCCAUAACGAGUUCAUUGGCGAGUCCCGAGUGGCUCUCAGACGACUGAAAGCUGAGCAGAGCAAACACUUCCACACGUGCCUGGAACAUCCCCCCCCGCUGCCAUCUCCGAGCGCCACAGGAGAAGCUCUACGAGGAAUCUCCUGCUACUUGAGAGAGUGGGAGAAGGAGCAGCUCCACAGUCUGGAGGAAAGAGGUCGUCUUCUUCUGUCGCUGCAGUUCGUGCCCCCCCUCGCGGAAGAGGAUGCGGAGCCAGAUGACAGCUGGCGGGGGGGCGGUCUGUGCGUGGGCGUGAAGCGUUGUGCUCACCUGGCAGCCAUGGAUGUCAACGGCUUCUCCGACCCCUACGUGAAAAUAUACCUGAAACCCGACAUGGAGAAGAAGUCCAAACACAAAACUGCAGUGAUGAAAAAGACGCUGAACCCUGAAUUUAAUGAGGAGUUCUUCUACCAGAUCUCCUGGUCAGAAGUGGCCACCAAGACGCUGGAGGUGACCGUGUGGGACUAUGACUUGGGACGUUCCAACGACUUCAUAGGUGGCGUCUGUCUUGGUGCUCACUCUCUAGGCCACGCCCUUCGCCACUGGACAGACUGCCUGAAGAACAAAGGCCAGCAGGUGGAGCGCUGGCACAUUCUGACCAAUCAGCUGCCAUGAAGGAUCAGCCACCAUGUCAUGUGACCUCGGUAACCAGGAACACAGUGAAACAGGAAGUUGCCUGUCCAGCCAACCACUUGCUAAAUGUUAGCAUGCUGAUGAUGUCCCGCUGGCUGUGUUAGCAUGUUUGUUAGCAUCACAUGAUCUUCUGUUACAGCAGCAAGCUAACGACAUGCUGGCUGCGGUAUCACAUGGACACAUUUAUUGUCUGUACGAUCACUAAAGGGGACCUAUUGUACUCAUUUUCGGGCCUUUGUGUCGAGUUCUGGACCCCCAUAGAGCAGCUGCACACGACAACCCGAACAGGAAGCUUUCUAGACCUUGCAGACUCUGCACCUCUUCCUGUAAAGUUUCCUGCCUCCCACCCAAACAGUCUGUGUAAUUUACGCCAAACCCAGCCUUUCUCCAGGUACGCCUCCCGCCGAGCCCACUCCGCUGUGCCUGGUCACGCUCCCGGGGACCUCCGGACAGCAGCCGAACCCCUUUUGUCCGAUUACUUACACAAAAUAAACCGUUAGGACACUGAUCAAUUGUUACUUACAGCUUGCUCUUCUGACUCUUCAACACGACCAAGUGAUGUUGGAAAGGCGCCGGACUUCAGCAAUAGUUUGGCCGACAGUCCAGCUUCGUAUCGGCUCAUGUUCACAAGAUAGUCCCGUGUGAAGUGCUGUUGACAGAUGUCGCUGGCCAGGAAUCAGCAACUCCAGCCACUUCUGCCUGAUGCUUGCCUCUGUAGGCACCCCAACAAACACUUCCUGAGAGCCAUUGCUCGACAUGCUAACACGCAUGCCCAUAGAGGUAAGUCCUAAUAUACGUCUGUAAAACACAGCGUGCGGAGCCAUCCAAACCUCAUUAUCCGACGCGUUGGCAUCGUUUAACGGGAGAAUACAACAUUUCUAGGUCAGCAGAGCAUAAUAGGUCCCUGUAGCUGGCGCAGAUGAGGUCACGACAUUGAAUGUCAACAGCAGUCAUUUUCAUUGUUUACAUUGUGCAUUUUGUUUUAUUUAGGAAAUGUACUUGGUUACAUGUGAACGUUCAACAUGUCCUAUGCACGAAAAUGAUUGUUAUAGACCUUUUGGUAUAUUCUGAGUAAGUCAUGUGACAGGUGUAACCUGGAAGUGCUUAGUAGGAAGCGGAAGUGUUAAAAGAGCAACACGCUGAAAGAAGGCACGAGCAAAGAAAUCCUUUACAUUCCUGUACAUUCUACCAUUGGUCUACCUGGCGAACACGGUGAAUAUAACUUUGUUUCACAACUGUAUUGUAUUUGUUGUUUAUGAAAUGCACAUGUAACAGUUUACAGUUUUCACGGUGCCUCACGAUUGCUUCAGUGUCCUGCAAUGGCAUGCUGCAUGCCUUCAAGAGCAAUACAUGCAUCGUGAACAUCAGUAAAAGCAGCAUGGACUACAGACCAGGGGAGUUACCAUCCCCUUAAGUACUGAUGUGGGAAUUGAUACUCAAGAUAAGCAUCACAGAAGGUGAAAGGUUAAGUGUGAUUGUGACUCAAAACUCCACAACAUCCUCCCUUGAUGGGGGAAUCUGCGUUAAGGGAAGAUAAGUAUUUGUGUAAGAUUACGUGAGUGGCAUGCAAGAAGGUUGUUACUAAGACGUGGCUUAAUCCAAGACCCCCCAACACCGCAAGACUGGUUCAGUAUUAUGAACACAAUAUAUGACAUGGAACUAUUAACAUACGGACUGAGAACUGAAGAGGACAUAUGUCGAGAAAAGGGGGCGAAAUGGACACUUCACUGGUGGAAACCAACGAAAGGACUUCUAAAGCAUACCAUGACAACGACUGUCAAGUUUUGAUUGGAUCGGAAAUUGUGCAAUUCAGUGCUCAUUUGUGUGUUUGUGUUUCUGUUCGAGUGAUUAAAAAAAAAAAAGUUGAAAAUUGGGAAAAAAAUAAAAGUAAAAAAAAAAAGAAAAAAAAGUGUGGAGUCGUUUUGCAAGCUGUGAAAAAACAACCUGACCUGCAGAGGCCAGAAAACAUACAUCAAAUCUCAUAUUGUUAAAAAGUUAUUCAGAAAUUCACAUUUCAAUUCAAUAUGGCAAUAAAGAUUAUUACACGUAAAUUAAUUCAUACUUCUGUUCAUAGAUGC